AGCGGCGGUGUGCUUAUUUCUUAGCUUCUGAAUGGGAGUUCUGGGCUUCACUCCAUUCCUACAGAAAGCUUGCCCCGAUGUCAUUAAACAUUUCCCGACACGCCUACGAGCACUUUCAGGCAAGAAAAUAGCGGUAGAUGGCAACCUGGUCACGCAAAGACUUCAUUUCGGGGCAGGAUCCCACGAGCAUGGUCAUAUCAUCGGCUGGUACAAGAUGAUCAAGGAUAUGCACGCGAACGGUGUAGGCGUGAUCACUGUUUGGGAUGGGAAGGAACGGAGCUCGGCAAAGGCCCGCGAGCAAGCGCGACGCCAAGCCACAAGGCUCCUCCAGCUCGCUCGCGGUGCCCACGAGCAAGGCCGCCUUCAUCGACUCCAGCGACUCACAGGAGCUGUGAAGAAGUACCAGCAUCUCUGCCGUGCUGAGCAGCUGCAAGUGUCCGCAGCUGUCCGCCUGGCGGUAGGUGCAGCUGCUGUAGCCCAGCUGCAUGGUCUCGCCGAUGUGAUGGAGAAGGUGCAUUCGUCAAAAUCUAUUAAACUCGCAAACGAGAUAGUGAACGACACGGAAUUGGAUUAUGCAGAGGCCGACCGAGCUCUACAAAAGGAGAUGCUGCUACACCUAUACUCGCAUGAAGAGAGGGAGGCACUGGCCUCCUUCCUCGAUCACGUCGAUCCCGAGGACGUGACAACAGUGGCGGCGGUGGACACCGCAUACGAAUCUGUACUGGAAGCACUUGCAAAUGCUUCUGAAGCAGAUGAACGACCCGCUGAUGCGAAGUGGUUCGACAUGUCGGCAGAUGAUAUGGGAGCUUACCGUUUCGGCGGUCGGGAGAAGGAUCCCAAACCAGAAGUCAUCCCAGAACCCCACACCACCCUUGGGCUCUCCUCUUCGUAUCCAGCGCCUAUCACUUCCCUUCAAUAUCCCGGUUUCUCGCCCGACACAAUUACCAAGGAGCUAACAGAACUGUAUCAAGACUUUCGGGAAACGACCCUCAAAAACAGUCCUGAGCUUUCCACCUCCCUACCUGAGGUUAUGCCGACACUUCCCCUGGCCGUCAUAGAACCAGAGCAUGUCCUACCGUCAAAAUAUCAAGCCCAGCUCACGGCGGACGAGCAGCUCUUCUGGAAGCGUCUCAUAGUCGAAGUUGCAGAAGGCAGUGUGGAGGGUGUACCGAAGUCGGAUGACGUUGCCGAUGUGGCACUCCUUGAAAAUUUGUUCAAUCGUAGUGGACAGAUGGCAUUGAGCUACGAGAAGCGGAACCGACAGCCAACAGCAGCGACAUAUGCCGAAUCCAGGCGGAUCCUGUCUGCUAUGGGUGUGCCUUGCAUCGAAGCGGAAUAUCCAUACGAGGCGGAAGCUCUUGCUGCCAGUCUUGUGAUCAACGGACUGGCUAAUUAUGUGGGCAGUGAAGACACAGACGUUCUCAUAUACGAAGCGCCCCUGUUGCGAAAUCUCACCAAUCGUCAAUUACCUCUUGCGCUCAUCUCAGGUACAGACGUUCGAAACGCCCUGCAACUAUCACGGGAGUCUUUUGUCGACUUCGCCCUAUUGCUGGGGACAGACUUUACGCAACGCGUCAAAAAUCUUGGUCCUCACACUGCGAUCAAGCUUAUCCGCACGUAUGGCUCGAUCGAGCAACUGUUGCGGUCACAAACAAAAUAUGUGCCCUCCUCACCAGGGGUAUACAUGGAGCAGAUAGAAGUAGCGCGGUUGGUGUUCUCCACUCUUCCACCAGUGCCCGACAGUGCCCCGUUUCAAGAGGGCAUAUACGACGAACAAGAGGUGCAAGCACUACUGAAAGAAUAUCAUGUUCAAGUGGCGGAUCUGGCGGAAGACAUGGGUGAUCAUACUGCUCAUGAUGGACAUCUAGGUGCCAACUACUUUGGCGACAAUCCUGUUGAUCCCUCCGGUACUUAUUGGAGCUACGGCACUAUCAUUUUGUAACGUUACACAUUUCUACGUAUCCCUAACUAUAGUAUCAAGUUCAAUUAGUAGUUUUCGU